AUGACGGUGCGGGAGCUCAAAGAGGAGCUGGACCUGAUGGUCGGCAUCCCCUUCAACCUACAGCGGCUGCAGUUCCUGGACCAAGGGAUUUUGAUGGACGAUGCCACCCUGAGGUUCUACGAUGUCAUCCCUGACGCAGUGAUUUCAUUAUGUAUAUGGCAUUACGAUGGUUGGACAGAACUGGUCUUGGCAGCCGUGGAAGGGGACCCCAGUAAGGUGGUUUCAUGUUUCUUUCAAUAUUAG